AUGGCCAUCCAAAACUCAGCAGACAGCGCAGGGCGGGAGCCCGCAGGGACGGGCAGGCUGGCCACCAGCGAGCCCACCAGCACCAGCUGCCGCUUGCCCAGCCCCGGGACAAGCACCUAUGGAGCGCUAAGCACCAGCGCUGUGGCAAAUGCGAGAGCUGUGUCAAAGGAAAUGCUGAGAACAACUGCUGGUGGUGAGUUGGUGGCGAGCAGGAUGCCAGCACUGAGCGGUUCAGCCUGCCAGGGGUUGUUUGGCAGGAGGGAUGCGCUUAAGGAAAACAGCGGAGGGGUUGGUGAAGGUGGUACAAAGGUAAGUGGCUACUUGGAUGGAACUGCUGUGGAAGACAUUAAUUGGGAGACACAAGAAGCAGAAAAGCUGGCUUCCUACAGACCUCCCUUCCCUGGACUCAAGGAGGAAACAAGCAGUGUGGGUCCUGCUGCAGCUGAUCUGGCUGGGGAAAGCCUUUCUGUUGCUGCAAGUAAUGAGCCUUCUUUGAUUAAAGCAGCUCUUCCCAAUGUUGCAGUUGAGUAGUCUGAAAACCUCUCAGACACUCAAGAUGUCAACUUUGAGGCAGCACAAAGCAUCUUGCAGGACAGAGAGCAUCAGAUUUUUCUCAUGGUCCUGGGUACUGUCAUGCUUUGGGAGCUGUUGGGCACUUCUCUGGAAAGGGCAGUGGACGAGGGUGUCUAUGAAUACCUGGACUUUGUGGAUGCCACUGACAGGUACGGCAGGCUGUGGAUGUGGAGUUCUCUGGGUGAGGCUGCUGGUGCCUGCGGCGUUGCCGUCCUGGUGGAUCAGCUGAAUUGCUUCCUCAGCGGUUCCAUCUCCCGCCUCACCGUCCACUUCUACGGCUACACCGUCCUGGUGACGCUCUCACUGCUCAUCAGCGCCUUUUUUCCCAUCCACCUUCCCAAGAAAACCAGCCGGUUUCCCAAAGCCCUGGCGCUGCUGUGGAGCGACGGCUGGGCGCUGCUGUGCGCUGGCACCGUGUUCCUCGCCGGCGCCGCCAGCUCUGCCGGGCACAGCUUCCUCUUCUGGCAGAUGCAGGACCGAGGCAGCAGCGAGCUCCUCAUGGGGCUCUCCGUGUCCGUCGGGCUGUUGGCUGAGCUGCUGCUCUGGCCCUUCGACGGGAGGCUGCUGAGGGCUCUGUGGAGCGGCGGCGUGGCCGCGGUCGGUGUGGGCCUGGCUGCGGUCGGUCUGCUGUGCUGCUCCCUGCUCCGCGCUCCUUGGGCCGUGCUCCCCGUCCAGGCGCUGUCGGCCUUCAGGGUGCUGUGCUGGGCCCUGGAGGUGACAGUGGGUGACAUUGCCACGCCGGGCACCGAGAAGUCCCUGCAGGCCCUGCUGUGGGGUCUGUGCUGCAGAGCAGGAGCGAGCGUGGGCAGCUUGGCAGGCGGGUUUCUGGUGGAGCGCUUUGGCCUGGCAGUGCUGUUCAGGGCCUGCUGUGUGGGCCUGGUGCUGUGGAUCUUCGUGUUCUUCAUCGUCCGGUCUAAGCUGCCACGGCAGAAAAAAAUUAACUAUUCUCGUCUCCUGGCUGCUGAUUUCAGUGAUACGAGUGACUCUGAUGAGGAGAGCGAGAAGGACUGGCUGGUAAAAGCUAUGAAGGAUGAAAGUUUUAACAGGAUUUGGAUACAAUUAAGUUGUACUUGAAUCUGUGGGGCUGUAACAUGGUAUGAUGGUGAUGCCCAGAAAUUACUGGUCAUUUUGAAGUGCUGAAUAUAUACAGUCUAUAUCUGACAGGAGAGAUUUUUAUUUUGAAAAAAUUUAUAAACCUUAUUUUCUUAAUAUAUAGUGUUUUGUAGUAAUUUUUCCUUUUUAACAUAAUGAUUUUGCUUCCAAAUCCCUAAUAAGGUAUUUCAGGUAUACAUUUGCUGGAAUGAACGUAGCUAAGUUUCUAGUCCAAAAGCAAACCUAAAUUGAAUUGUUGCUCCCAGAGCUGUCAGUGAAAGCUGUGACCUGUUCUGUGACACAGUCAAAUGGAAAAUAUUGUCAUGCUGCCAGUACAUGAAACUCUCUCAAGGUGCUCUGUCUGUGAACUCUUUGUACUUUAUAAGGGAU